AUGAUUGCAAAUUCGCCUUCAAAAAGUCGUACGUCGUCGGUUUCUUCAUACAGUGGGCCCACUCAGCCUAUCCCGAAAAAGUCCCUCCAAAUCAGAACAGACAAGCCCCGGCCCCAUGUGUGCCAGAUUUGUACUCGAGGGUUUGCUCGUUUAGAGCAUUUGAAAAGGCACGAGAGAUCCCAUACCAACGAGAAGCCCUUCCAGUGUGCUGCUUGUGGACGUUGUUUUGCCAGAAGAGACUUGGUUCUUCGCCAUCAACAGAAGCUCCACUCGCAGGUCUCCAGAAGAGGCCUGCUUCCAAACGUCCCUACGACAGCUUCGAGCUCCUUGAUUGGUCAGCCCGAGUCGGCGUCUUCCACUCCUUCAAACGACCACAUCAUCGUGCUUCAGAACAACACCCACGCCAAAGCACCUUUACCUGAUAGCAGAGCUCUGUCUCCCUCGGGAAUCCUUGCUUCUGCCGCUCUGUCUCCCGCCAGAAACAUUGGAGCAUCACCAUCUCCUGCUAACAACGUGCAGUUUAGAUCUGCGCUGUUUGCUUACGGCAACUAUGAUAAUAGCGGCAAGCACAACAUGCCAUCUCCCAACACCAAUCUGAGCCUCAAUACUCCGUUGGCUAACUUGGGAACCACCACCCAGCUUCAGCUCAGAAGGGCCUCUCACGCUGUCGAUCCAGCACAUCCAAACAUCACACAGCAACCUUCGCCUGUGACAGGUGAUUCUCCUGACCUCAAAGAUAAGAAGGCAACGAUGAACUGGGGUGCGGAUGACGUGGCCAAGAUGAGCUACAAGCAGUUUGGCCAUCUUCAGCACUUGGAACAGCAGCAUCAGCUGCAGUAUAGACACACUUCCUUUUCCGCUGUAAGUGGUGCCUCAUACACAAACUUGAAAGAUGCUUUAGCCAUUCAGAGCCACCAAAUUCCCGAUGUUCCUCAACAAGUGGGAUUCUCCACCCCACAGCAUACCGUUGCUGAAAUGGACUCCAAGGGUCUUUCUACUGCCGAUUUCGGCAAUUUGGCAGACUGGUACGGUGGUGACAACAGUGAAAAGGGUGAAUUCAUGGACCUAGCUGACGAUUUGAGUAUGCCGCUGCACUCAUUUCCAUCUAGAAACAACAGCACCUCUUCCAACCAGCCUUCGGCAGGCCGUCAAGGCUUUCAAUCUCGCUUGAACACUAUUCCAUCAGAGUCGCAAUUGGCCGGCAAUACUGACAUGCUUGACAUGUCUUUCUACUCGAGUCAAAUCCACCAGUUCAACAGCCCCAGCCACCCUCACUACAUCAAGGACAACGCUUUGUUGAACCUUGGGCUUCCCGCCACUUUGGACAAUCAACAGGAUUUUCUAGGUGUCGAGGGUACAGAAGCUGACCAGGAUACCCAGAACCAAACCACGGCCGAUGUACCCACGCAGACUUUGGCUGCUCAAAUGAACAGUAAUGACGUCGACGUUUCUUCAGUUAGUUCUGAGAAGUCAAAGACCAGAUCUUCCCGUCAACCUCUGAUUAAAAAGCACAAACUGUCGUCGGCUUCGUUGGACAAGGACUUCAAAAGGGCAAAAUUUGGCUUUGUGAAUGACACUGAAAAUCUUGAAUGGGUUAACGAAAUCAUGGCAGUUCCUGUUGCUAAUGAGUUUCCUAAAGCAUCGCAUGAUACUGGAUUCAUGGGUAUGCCCUAUCUCAAUAGCGAUCGUCUGCCUGAUGAGGUUCUCACGCUUUUUAAACACAGACAGGAAGACUUGGUCAAGCAGAGAAGUCUUGUUAACACAGCCGAUGCCUUAAAUGAGGCUGGAAGACGUCCAAGCCAGCCACUAUCAAGACAGUCCUCUAAAGUGCAAUUCACUAUUGGUGACGGCCAUCAGCCAAGUUGUGUGACGAAAGAGCUUAGAAACAGAAUCAUUUUGAUCAGCAACAUGACUGACUCACAAUUCCCACCUUUGGAAGACUUGAACUCGUAUAUGUCCUUAUACGAAAGCGAGUUCAACAUCUACUUCCCAUUCAUCCACAUGCCCUCCUUGAGAAACCCAAUGGUGGACAACUUUGAGAACAUUCCAUUGAUUCUCUCAAUGUGUGCCAUUGGCGCCCUUUACUCCUAUCAUGACUCCAACACAUUGCUUCUUUUUAAUUUGUCAAAGUUUCAUAUCCAUAACUUCUUCGAGAAAGAGGUCACUGCUGACAAACUCAAUCAGAGAAAGGUUCCCUUGAUGGCUCAUCAGUCUCUCGUCCUACACAUAUUUAUUUCAAUGUUCCUCAAUGAACCAAACAUGUUGGAGAUCACUACGAAACAAAUGAACUCCAUGGUCGGUUUGAUCAGAUCCACCAACUUUCACAGACCACUUGAUCAAUUCUUAGUUCCUCCUCCGGCAAUUAAAAACGAGGCUGAACUCGGUAUAAUACAGAACAACUACGAUUAUUUCAUCAUGGCACAAACGAGGAUCCGGACAAUUCUUUGCUUUUACGAGCUAGAGGUUGUGCGCUCGUGUCUUUUGGGCUCGUCCAUGCCGAUGAGUGGUUCAGAGAUCUUGAGUGGAACUCCUUGUCUUGAUGAAAAGCUUUAUACCGCCGACAACUCUCGUGAUUGGUACUAUCAGUACAGGAAAUCUGAAAACAAAAAUCUUGUGAGAAUAUCCAACAACGACAGUCUUGGUGAACUAUUUGAACAGCUCAAGAGCUACUGCCCUCUUGACCUGGACUUGCCAUUCAAUACGCUAUUGGUGCUUUUGAUGUACAUUCAUGAAACAAUCUCAAUGGAGUGGAAGAAGUAUGAAGGCAAAUUUAGUCUGUUUAAGUGGAGAACUCAAAGCAAGCCCAUGCUUGAGGGUCUUAUUAGCUCCUGGGAGGUACUUUUCGCUAAAAAUGGUGGAUUUUUCAAGGUGAACAAACACAAUGCUCAGAUCCUCAACCUUCACAAGGAUCUUCAAAUGAUUUUGCCACUUCUUCAUCUUGCGAAGAUGAGAUUAUGUGUCAACAUCACGCCUGUGACAGAAAAAGUUCUCUACAAGGACUGGGGCCAGAUGUCCACGCUUCUCAACGAUUUCGAAAACGAUGUGGAAGCCUUGAAGGCUGCCGCACAGCAUGCGAUUGAAGUUUUGAAGAUUUGGACGCAUAACAUCGAACUGAUUAAUGACUCGAAGCAGGUGUCAGUUCGGACUCCAGUCUUUUUUGUCACUUGCAUUUUUGCCGCCAUCUUGGUUCUACAGAAGGCAUUGCAAGCUAUGGAGACAAGUGGAGCAUUGAGUGUUCAAGAUAGAGUGUUCUGGCUUGAGGUGGAGGCUCUUCUCACUGAUGUGGAGACCACCCUUUCGCCAAAUGAGGAUUCAAACUCGUAUUCUGAGUUCUUGCGCAAGCUGUCACAGGGAGUUUUCGAUUUUGUUUUGAGCCCCAUGUUCAGGACAAACAUCGAGAAAGUUAAGUCUCAUGCCAACAAAAGUGAGGAUGCUUCUUUUGACAAGGCGAUCGGAAAGUGUAAGCUAUCCGUUCAUGCGCUCGGGCUUGGUGUUCGUAUAUUAGCCGAUGCACCUCUUUGGCCUUUGGCCAUGGGAUUUGCAGAGGCGUUUAAAAAUGUGGCUAUUCACAUUAAGAAAUAG